CACGCAAACACUUCACAUGUCAGAUUAACAUUUCAACCUCAGGCUUUGGUGCUCGGCUUUUAUGUUGUAUAUUAUUUUAUUAUUUAAGUUGAGCUUCUCAGAAAUAGCACCGACUGUAGUUUGACUAUACUGUACAUUACUAUACAAGCACCGAGUUUCUGUCUGUGUGUGUUCACAGGUUUUAUUCACACAGUAAAUAUGUAUAUAAUAAUAAUAAUAAUAAUAUGUGUGUAUGAAUGAAUAUAGGACAGUGUAGUGUUCCAGCAAUAUAAAAACCAUGUUGAUGAGACAUUCUGAGUCUUAACAAUGUCAAAACAUAUAUUGGUAAUGCAACAUGAUAUUAUUCUUUGUCUUACUUCUAUUUGGGGGAUAAUCGUGCUCUAACGUUUUGAACUACAGUUCCCAUAAUGCCGUGGGAGAUGUAAACAGGAGGUAUAAUGGUUACAAUGGUCUACAAGUUGAGCCCUGAUUUUCUAUCCUGUGUUUGUUUACAUUUAGUCAAAUGGCUCCAUUAUUAGCUAACACUAGAGAUAUCGAUCUUCUCUGGAUAUGACGCAGAUUCUAGACCCAAAAGUACGAGCCAACAGAGAGUUAAAGUGGAAAAAGUCUUUAGUUUAUUUAUAUAAACAAGGUAGAGUGGAUACCCAGGAGCGCUGCAGUGAACCGAGAAGCGGGGAUGGUUCCUGUGCUGGAUGGACGGUUCGGGAGAGCAGGCAGAGCGAGGACGGCUGGCUGGAGUGGAUCCGAGUACAGGUGACGGCUCGAGUAGUGAAGCUGAACACAAGGAAUCACAGGUACAAACGGAAAAACUCUUAAGAUCAGGACCUGAGGCCGAUCUGUACCACGAUACAGUAGAUACACUGCAGGGUCUUGAUUGGUGGAUGGGAAACAGGUGAGUGACAGCAGAUGAGUCGCAGGUGUGUCAGAUUCUCAGUGGAGGUUUACAGGUUUACAGGUUUUUGGCUUCUCCUGGUGUGGCUGAAUUAUUAACAGGAACUGGUAUUUUUGGAUUCCACCAGUACCGCCUAUGCUGGGUUUAGCAUGGAGCAUGCUAAGCUCCAGCCUGCACCUCAGCCUGAUCCAGUCCUGGAGCCACCCUCUGACGUCGUGCCUCUCUGCUGCCCAGCUGCUCGUCCUCACCACUGCCCUGCGUCCCGCCGCCCAGCAACACCGAGACUCAGCCAUCCAGUUCCACAAAGACCCAGCUGUAGCGUAACAGAGCCGUCAUCAAUCUUGCCUGGUCUCCACUCUGUGGUUCGGCAGACUCCUGGUCUCUAGUCGGCAGACUGGCAAACACCUGUUCCCGCAGCCAUAUCCUGUCCCUGUUGGGCCGCCUCAACCACCUCCUGCCUCUGCUGGAUUGCAGCAACACACUGUUCCUGAACUGCAGAAGUCUCCCAUUCCUGAGUCUGACCGCAGCAGCCUCAUGAACCUGUGGAGCUGCAGUAGUCGCCUAUUUCUGAGCUGCAGCGACCACCAGGUCCUGAGCUGCAGGAAUCACCAGGUCCUUGAGCUGCAGCGACCACGAGUCCUUGAGCUGCAGGAAUCACCAGGUCCUGAGCUGCAGGAAUCACCAGGUCCUGAGCUGCAGCGACCACCAGGUCCUGAGCUGCAGGAAUCACCAGGUCCUGAGGUGCAGCGACCACGAGUCCUUGAGCUGCAGGAAUCACCAGGUCCUGAGCUGCAGGAAUCACCAGGUCCUGAGCUGCAGCGACCACCAGGUCCUGAGCUGCAGGAAUCACCAGGUCCUGAGGUGCAGGAAUCACCAGGUCCUGAGGUGCAGCGACCACCAGGUCCUGAGCUGCAGGAAUCACCAGGUCCUGAGCUGCAGGAAUCACCAGGUCCUGAGCUGCAGCGACCACGAGUCCUUGAGCUGCAGGAAUCACCAGGUCCUGAGGUGCAGGAAUCACCAGGUCCUGAGCUGCAGCGACCACGAGUCCUUGAGCUGCAGGAAUCACCAGGUCCUGAGCUGCAGGAAUCACCAGGUCCUGAGCUGCAGCGACCACGAGUCCUUGAGCUGCAGGAAUCACCAGGUCCUGAGCUGCAGGAAUCACCAGGUCCUGAGCUGCAGCGACCACGAGUCCUUGAGCUGCAGGAAUCACCAGGUCCUGAGCUGCAGGAAUCACCAGGUCCUGAGGUGCAGGAAUCACCAGGUCCUGAGGUGCAGCGACCACCAGGUCCUGAGCUGCAGGAAUCACCAGGUCCUGAGCUGCAGGAAUCACCAGGUCCUGAGCUGCAGGAAUCACCAGGUCCUGAGCUGCAGCGACCACGAGUCCUUGAGUUGCAGGAAUCACCAGGUCCUGAGCUGCAGGAAUCACCAGGUCCUGAGCUGCAGCGACCACGAGUCCUUGAGCUGCAGGAAUCACCAGGUCCUGAGCUGCAGGAAUCACCAGGUCCUGAGGUGCAGGAAUCACCAGGUCCUGAGGUGCAGCGACCACCAGGUCCUGAGCUGCAGGAAUCACCAGGUCCUGAGCUGCAGGAAUCACCAGGUCCUGAGCUGCAGGAAUCACCAGGUCCUGAGCUGCAGGAAUCACCAGGUCCUGAGCUGCAGGAAUCACCAGGUCCUGAGCUGCAGGAAUCACCAGGUCCUGAGCUGCAGGAAUCACCAGGUCCUUGAGCUGCAGGAAUCACCAGGUCCUGAGCUGCAGGAAUCACCAGGUCCUGAGCUGCAGCUGCUUCCUGUCCCUGAGCUGCAGCUGCUUCCUGUCCCUGAGCUGCAGUCCUCCAAAUCUGCUCUCCAGCCACUUUGCCGGUCUCCAGAGCGGAUCUACACCAGCUCAACCUCAUAAGAGGUUCUGCCUUCGCCGCCGGCAUCCAGUCCAGCCUCUGGACAGUUUUCGCCUUCGUCCCCAACGUCCUGAGUUGCUCCACGUGUCUGGUCAUCCUCCGGACCUGCUCUGCCCUUCGGCCUUGCCUCCAGGCAGUUGGCGCCAUAUAAAUAAAAGUGAAAGAGACUCAGAUCUCAGUCUCUCGCUCUCUGAGCGCCUCAGGGAGAGAAUGAAAACUGUGAUACCUUGAUAUGUUUCAGAGGAGGUGGUGUGUAGACGGGACUAACUCCACCUGCCUGUCUCUCCACCUGCCUGUCUCUCCACCUGCCUGUCUCUCCACCUGUCUG